AUGAAGAGAACCAGAACCAAGGCUAUAUCAAGAAAGAACUCCCCAAAGAAGGAAGAUAGUCAGAGGAACAAACGUCCCAGGAUGAAGUGGACAGUUCCUUCACGUCUAUCGCUUCUCCUGGAGAUUUGCAAGGUGAAGAAUGCGAGAUUGUCCGAAGAGCAGUGGAAGGAAGUUGCGAAGAGAAUGGGUGCCAGUUGGAACGGCAUCCGGGAGGAGUACGGUAGGCUCAUGGGCGAGCGUUUUCCUGAUUGGAAACGCAAGUUCAAACCCGAUGCCCCGUCAUCUUCAUUGCCUUCUACCACCGAAACCCCAGCAGUUCAGGCCCAAGGCAAUGCUACCUCUCAGCAUGACGAGUCUGAAGAGCGUGACCCUGAAAUUGGGACGCUGAAUUCUGAUGAAGAAGAGAAUGUUGCGGAGGUGGAUGAAGAGAACGUUGAUGCUACCGAGCAGACCUAGGUAAGCUGCUACUCCAAGCGCUCUCAGUCCAUUGCAGCUGGUAACACGAUAGAAAACUAUUAGUAAAUACUUGCAGUCUUUAGUUGAUGAUCAUAUUGUGACGCUACUGAGAUCACGGCAUUUACAAUUCUUUCGUUCCCCUCGAUUGCCUUACAUAUUUCCGAAGCGUAGGAGCGAAUUUGACUCUAUCACAAGUGGCAGGACAUCAUAGCCUUCGUCUAUAAGCUUUGCAAUUCGCGCAUCAAGGUCUCUAGAUGUCUCUGCUUUUCUUGUCGUUUUACUCCGUUCCACCACAGCUCUCUUG